AGGUACUUUGCAGAGGUAAGUCUGUCCGGCGUUCCCUCGCAUAAAAACGACUUUGGCGUCGGGUCUCUCUCGUUAGUCUGGAGUUUUCACCCCAGAGAUGAGAACUGGCAGCCUCCACGGGACUUCAAUCUUGGAGCUUAGUAGCACUUCCCCGAAUUUCAACUGCUUUUAUGGUUCUCCCAAGCACCCAUAUGCCAGAGUCACGCCUUCACUAAGUCUCAAAUCUUGUCAUUUCACUGUUCGUUGCGAUGUUAGUUUCCGACCUUGCAUUGAUAUUCACAAGGGGAAAGUGAAACAAAUUGUUGGGUCAACUCUUACAGAUUCAAAGGAGGAUGGAUUGAUCCUUGUAACCAAUUUUGAAUCGGAUAAAUCAGCAGCUGAGUUUGCAAAGUUGUACAAAAAUGAUGGGCUAAAGGGUGGUCAUGUAAUCAUGCUUGGAGCUGAUCCUUUAAGCAAAGCAGCAGCCAUUGAAGCAUUGCAUGCCUAUCCUGGUGGCUUGCAAGUUGGAGGUGGGAUCAAUUUGGACAAUUGUUUGAGUUACAUUGAGGAAGGAGCCAGCCAUGUCAUUGUCACUUCAUAUGUAUUUAACAAUGGGCAAAUGGACCUUGAAAGGCUCAAAGGUCUUGUCUGUGUUGUUGGGAAGCAGAGACUUGUCUUGGACCUUAGCUGCCGAAAUAAGGAAGACAAAUAUGCCAUUGUCACUGACAGAUGGCAAAAGUUCAGUGAUGUCUAUCUGGAUGAGGAAGUAUUACAUUUUCUUGCCAAUUAUGCGGAUGAAUAUCUGGUUCAUGGUGUGGAUGUUGAAGGGAAAAAGCUGGGAAUCGACAAAGAGCUUGUGGCAUUGCUUGGCGAGCACUCUCCGAUUCCUGUCACUUAUGCUGGUGGUGUCACUGUAAUGGAUGAUUUAGAGACAAUCAAAGAAGCGGGGAAGGGACGUGUGGAUGUUACUGUGGGAAGUGCGUUGGAUAUUUUUGGGGGCAACUUAUCUUACAGUGAUGUUGUUGCUUGGCAUGACAGUAACAGGAGGGGGCAUAAACAAGACUUCUAGUGCCCGGCCUGAGCCCUUCUUCAGGGCACUGCCCUAGGAGUUAGCAGGUGCUCCCUCAAGGUGGGUUAAGCCUUAGCCUAAACCUCAGUUUCUUCCAAAGCAAGCCAAGUUAGUGGGUCAAGUAGUCCUUCAUGGAGCAAGCAAGUGAAGGGCCGAUUUAAUGGAUAUUUACUGAGCUAUUGCCAUCCUUUAAGAGUCAAACCCUUGAUCUGUUGAGUUCGAAGGUCUGCACCACUAGACCAUCACCUUUCUUGGCGUGGAGGAUCAUCUACCUGUGUUGUAUUACAGUAGUUUAUUGGGGAAGCAAACGGAUAUUACCCACCAAUUUUUUUACAUGAGACUUCGUCUGUUUUAAUGCAAUGCACUCUACAAACAAUAAGGGGUUUUAUUUUUUUUCCACUUUGGGUAGUUAUGUUGAGAAUAUGUGAAGAAAACUUUAUCCCCUUAAGUUUGAAGUGAAUAAAUUGGAGAGCUAAUGUUCUUUUCUAUA